GUCCCGACAGACGAGCAGGAGGCAGCAGGAGCCACAUCGCCGGUCUCCAGCUGCAGGACUCGUCCAUCUCACUUCGUGUCGUCUUGUCCUCUGUGGUUGUUUCCUCGGACCCACCAUGAAGGAGAGGAGGAUGCAGUCGUGCGUCGCGAGGUGCAAACUGGUGCUGGUCGGAGACGUCCAGUGCGGCAAGACUGCGAUGUUACAGGUGUUGGCCAAGGACAGUUACCCGGAGACGUACAUCCCGACUGUGUUCGAGAACUACAGUUCCUGUCUGCAGCUGGAGGAUCAGCGAGUGGAGCUCAGCCUCUGGGACACGUCAGGUUCUCCGUACUACGACAACGUGCGGCCGCUGUGCUACAGCGACUCGGACGCCGUGCUCUUGUGCUUCGACGUCGGCCGACCGGACUCCGUCGACGUUGCGCUGAAGAAGUGGAAAGCAGAGAUCCAGGACUUCUGCCCCAGCACGCGGGUCCUGCUGGUCGGCUGCAAGACGGACCUGCGCUCGGACGUGUGCACGCGUCUGGAGCUGUCCACCCACAAACAGAGUCCCGUCUCCCACGAACAGGGUUCGUCCAUGGCCAAGCAGCUCGGCGCCGAGGCCUACCUGGAGUGCUCGGCCUUCACCUCGGAGAAGAGCAUCCACGGCGUGUUCCGCGCGGCGGCGCUGGCCUGCGUGAACAAGCUGCAGCCGGCCAGCAGGCCCAGCCCCGUCCGCCGCCUCUCCAAGAGACUCCUCCACCUGCCCGGCAGGGCGGAGCUGCUCUCCUCCGCCUUCGGCAAGGACAAGUCCAAGAGCUGCUGCGUCAUGUGAACACUGCCGCGAUCAAGAAAUGCACAAAAAAAAAUUAAUAAUAAUAAUAAUAAUAAAAGGAUGCAAGGAUGCAGAGCGUUGCAAGGGAGAGAGAGGGCAACCACGUGGCUUCCCGCAAACGCGUCUCUCUACUCCGCAGCCUUAAACUCCACCAACACUCUGAACCUUUCAGCCCCAGGACGAGCGAGCACGACGUGACUCAGCGCUCACACGAGAGGAAAAACAAAAAAGAGAAUCUGGGCCACGUGAAGACUGAGCAUGUUUCCAUCACAUCCCCUCUCAUCAUCCAUCGUUGGACCAUAAGAAUUCUGAUCACCUGCGUGAAGAGUAUCAAUAACUUGUCCGCACCAAAGCUCACCGUCUCGGUUGUAACGCCGACGCUCGCUCACAGAUUCAGACCAAGUUGUUCCCUGAAUGUCUUUUAAUUCAGUUCUCUAAUUCCUUUAAUGUCGACAGGACGUUUCCCCGUCGACGCGUUUCCCUUUUCCUUGAAUCUCUGAGCCCGGCCCGUCCGAAUUGUCGGAGCCUCGACCGGACUUUAACCCCUCACUAGUCGCCGUGACCCCUGACCCGACCUCAGAGGGGACGAUGCUGCAGGAAACGCCAUUUUAACACGAGGGAAAAAGUAAUCAUCCUGAGUAUCGCCGCCGACUCCCGAGGCCCGGAAUCGAAUUCCAACCACAUCUGCAUCCACACUCGACGCCCCCGAGCCGAUGCGGAGGAGGCGGUGCCAUUUUGUUUGUUUUCAUUGAAUCACACACCCGGUCCUGUGUGGAGAGAGUUUUUUCUCCCCCUUCCUCUUUUCUUCUCUGAUUUCAUUCCUCAACUUCCCUGUAAAGUAUUCCUGACAUGUUUCUACCUGCUCGUGUCCGUCUGCGAUUGGUUUUGUAGCCGUUGAUGUUGUUGUUGUUGUUGUUGUUGUUGUUGUUGUUGUUGUCGUUGUUGUCGUUGUCGUUGUCUUGUGGCGUGGUAGCGGCUGUUUGACAGCUCGGCUAAUGGAGGACAUGAUGAUUUGUAGGUCUGCACCGAGAACGCCCCGGACUUUCACUGGAUGUACGGCGCACUGGAAUUGAAUGCGUUGCCUGGCAACAGUGCGAGCAGGACUCCUGUCUCCCAGAGGGAUGGAUGGAGGGAGGGGGGGCUCUCCAAGAGGGCGCCUCACCUUCUAUUUGUAGCAUUAGACAGAAGCCGCGGUGAAGGCGACGGCUGCACGCUUCAGGGAAGCUGAAUGUCUCGACGUGGAUGUAAAGAGACGCCACGUUGAGCGGGAUGCUGGAAACAGCUCGUCACCCAGAAACAUGUCUGUGUGUGGAGAAUCGUGUUCUAUCUAAACUAUACAUCAUUGUUACUCAAUGUGCAUUUCACACUUCAGGGUUCACCGAGAUGAUCUUCAGACCUUUCGGUGCGACACGAGAGUUCCUCCUCACUCCUCUCAGACCGUUGAGGUGAAACUGUCUUCUCAGUUCUCAGGCGUUGACGUCGUCUCCUGAUAACGUCACAUUCAGGAACAUUUUUAAAACAACCAACAUGCCCAGAGCAGCCACAAGACAAGACUUAGGACUUGUUCAUUUUUAUUGAAUUCUUUUCUAAAACUCUUCUCUUAUUUUUGAGACGUUGAAUUUUGUGCUUUCUUUUUUUUUUUACGACUUGCACACACUUUGCAUAACUUUUGCUCGUUCUCGGCAGACGGACUUGUGCGGUUGAACAUGUCCUUCCUCUUGAAAUUGUUUAAAAUGAAAGCAGAAUGUUACGGGAGCGAAAAAACGAAAUGUUUGUGUCAAGCUGCCAGUUGUUGCUUAAAUUAUUGACUGAAUUCUGUAUUUGUUAUUGUCAAAACUUUUGUUUUUUUCAUCUUUUAAUUUUUAUUUAAAUAAAUAUGUCUGAAGUUCA